UAGGCGGAAGUGAUCGCACCACCAAAACGGCUAGUCCUGUUAUAAUGAUAUUGUUGGUCAGUAGCGUAUAAUUUCUGAUGUAUGAACUGGCUUCAGGGUCAGGGUUUUUGUGCGUUGCCAACUGGCUUUAACGCAGUGUUGGGGUGUCUUGCAGCUUUUAGUUACAUGCCUAUUUGUAAGUGGGUCCCAAAAAUUAGAUCAUUGUUGUCCUGUCUUGCUAAUUCUAGUGGCACUGUCUCAGACCAUUGUUGACAAAGACUGUAAUUGCCCCACCGGACUGGUGACAUUACAUUUCUUGUACUGGCACAGUGGAACAAACUUAUCUUGUUCAGUCAAUCUAUUGUUCUCCGUUAAAGGAAUGGGAACUGUCACAGCAGCCUGCAGCAGGGGGCUGCUUUUCUUUCUAUCCUCUUUCUGUUUGGGUCACAUCAUUUGCCCAUGUUUUGGGGUGCUGGGACAGAGAAUGGCAGUGGUUGAGGUGAUUUUGGAAGACUCCGGAGAUGAAGAGACAGAGACAAAUGCAAAAAGAGAAAGUUACCGACUGCAAGGGACACUUUUUGAGUCACAGGGAGACAAUGGUGGCAAACAAAAUAAUAAAAACGAGCGUAAAGAUAGCCAAAAGUCCAGCGAAGAAAUUGCCGAAGGAAGCUUGAAAUUAUUGAAUGAUGAUAUUCCAAUGAAGACAGAAGAUGAUGAAGCUUGGAUUGGCGUGUUGCCAGUGGAAAAAGAGCAGGGUGAAAGGAUGAAGAGUGACAGCCAGGAAUCCUUCACGUCUGCAAUUGUCAACAAGAUGAAAAGGGCCCUGGUAUUGGGAGCGUCUGCACUGCUGAUCUUGGCUCUGAAUCAGAACACAGUCCAUGAGAUGGAUGUAUCUCAGGUUCUGACUAGGCCAAUUAUUGUCAUUCAGACCUCCGAAAAUGUUACCAAACUCAUCAGUGUGCUUCUGAGAGGACUCCGUGCUUCUGCCAGAAUCACCCGCAAAGCAUUAGCACAGGAUAAUUUGGGGGUGACCCUGACAUUGUGGUCGACCUGUGGACUUUCUCGCGGUGGUCUGUAUGGUGAGUGGCAGGGAGUUAUCUGUACUGGAGAGAAUAGUUCACAAGUACAGAAGUACCUCCAGAAGCUGUGGAACACCAUAUUGUUGGUCGCCCUAAGCCUUUGUACAGGGGUGAUAGUACAGGCUCACUGGCAGUUCAUGCGGAAUCAGUCAAACAAUGAAGACGCUGAGUUCACACUAAAGCAGGACCUGCUUAAGCAACUUUCAUCAUUAAAGACAAAGAAGUACCACCCCCAUAAAAAGCAGCGUGUGCAUCAAAGUGAAACCGAGAAUUGCGCAGUCUGUUUGGAUCAGUUUCACAGAAAUCAGUGUCUGCGUGUGCUUCCCUGCCUCCAUGAGUUCCAUAGGGACUGUGUCGAUCCAUGGCUGCUGCUCCAACAGACCUGUCCUCUCUGCAAACGGAGUAUACUGGGUAACCUGUGUGGUGAUAGCUGAAGGCGGUUGUAUCAACAUUCGAUGAACUAAGGAUUCCACACCAUCAUGGAGAAGAGGACUGGACUGCAACAGCACUUUAUAGAAUGUCGGGGUACUCAAAUGAGCAGCUAAGGGGGUGCUAGGAAAAUAAUAAGGUAGUGCCAUCAGAAUUUAACAGUUCAUUCAGCUCAGAUUAUGGCCAGGCCAGGCUGAAACUUUUUCUUACUGGGGCAUUGAUGUAAAAGCACUGACCUAGUGACCAGCAUGGCUGCCAUCUGAAUAAUAUUCUAAGGUUGUUGCAUACAAGGAAGUUCUGACCACAUUAAUCUGAACCUAGGGGUAAAUGUUUGAUUCAGAUUAUGCUGCCUAUACCAGUUUUUUCUGCACUGAUUACUCUUGUACCCUUUCUGGCUGAUCCAGUUACCUCAUUUGAAAAUUAGCUCAUACUACAUGUUGUAACAUGAAGCUUUUAGUCAUGAUGGCAGACCAUGGAGACUCCUGUAUGACAUCCACUGUCCAGGCCCGCACCCUACUAGGUGUUUCUGAUUCUGCUGUUGUUUUGUGCUGAUGCCAGCAGUGUAAUAGAACAUAUCUUCUGCGUUUACUUAGACUGGUUUACUGCUGCCUGUAUGUUAAGCAUUAGUGCUGUCCCAUCCAUCUAGCCACAAGUACAUGUGUAGCAUUUAUUAAGGUUUUAUUAUCCCUAUGCCUCUUGUGCCAUUGAGUCAACCAGGUUAUGCUUUCCAUCCUCUCUCUUUUUUUUUUAAUUUUUAUUUAUUUUUUUAUUUAAAUGUACUUGGGCUAAAGUCAUAAAACAGAGUUAAAGGGUGAGGCUCAGUUGUGCCACAUUAAUGGCUGCUGAAAGUUUCUGUUUCCAUUAUCAUCUUAGCAUAUGAGAAUACAACUGCUAAUUUCCAUCACAUGCUUUGAAAUGCAUAAUUUUGAAAUUACUAUGGUACUCAAGAGUUGCAAUCCUUCACCUUCUUUUUCUGUCGUGGGAAAAUGCCUUUAUAUGACAAACUCCAAGGUCUUGCCGACAUAGAGAAAUGUGUUCAGCCUUGCGGGACAGUCAACAAAUGGCGAUUUUCAUUUAGUUGGGUAGCCAAUGUUGUUACUGGGUGUGCUUUUUUAACUAGAAAAUAGUUGAAUCUAUAUCACAGAGUUGGAGAUUUAGGUGAAAGAAAUCCAGCUCCUUCAAGUUAAAAGUAUUCAUAAUAGGUUAAGUAAAGAUCAACUUGCAAGAUUAGCAUACCAUUCUAGCUGCUCAUUUGAGUACUUCAGCUUGUUCUCUUAAUUUAUUUACCUUUUAAAAACUCAGAGUUUGACCUUUUUAGUUUAUUUUUAUGUACUCUUCGUGGUUUAAUUUUUGGGGGGUGGUCAUUACAGAGAAAGCUGACGUGCAAGACCAUAACUUUGGUGCUGUCUUCAUGAAAGCGUGUUUCCAGCAUAACAAAACUCCUUCAGCAGUAUGUUUGUUGUUUACAUUCCUGAAACUUGACUUCAGAUGAUGUACUUUAGUAUUAAGUGUUAGUAAGAAAGGUGCCAGUCACCUUGAAGAGCAGACUGUGUCACAGAGAUCAUUUCUUUGCUACAUUUACCCUGACUUGGAAGGAUAAUAAAUUUCUGGGUAUCUGUAAAAAGCAUGGACUGAAAUCAUUGAGCAUGCUAGUGCAUGGCGUCUGAAUUUGGGUUUUAUAGAAGGUAUGAAGAUCUAUUUGUGUACAAAAGUGGGAUAUAUAUUUGGGCUAACAGUUCCUAGUGUUAGCCUAUCAGAUCAAGAUAAGAUGGGUCACAAAUUUCCAUUAAAUUUGUCCAUAUUUUGAUCCUUGUUUCCUGUGGCUGGAAGCAUUUAGCUGAGUGCUGCUAGUUUUGACUUCCUAAAUGCAAAAUUGUCCAUGCUGUGACUUCACCAGUCUGGCAUACUUAAUGAGGAAGUGGACAGGCAGUUCAAUGACAAAUAUUAAUAUUUUUUAUUCAAAAGUGGUUACUUUUCAAACCUUUGACAUGAUUCCAAAGGACUUACACUCAUUCAAGUGACUUACUACUGUGUAAGCCUGAUUUGUAGACAGGCCUUACACCAGAGUAAGCCAGUUACACUGAAGUAAGUCUUUUGGAAUCUGGCCCCUGAACUGCCUUACUUUCCCUAUUUACUUGCAGAAAUAGUUAACUGCAGGUGGUAAUUUACUGAGUUCUGUAUUACUGCCGUCCUACAUACAGACCACAAAAAAGAACUAGCAUGGAAUGUGAGUGCAUUUCUUCCCUCAGUCAUUUUGUGUUUUACCUCAGCAGUGUUAAUGUUUUUAUUGUUCCUUUAAUAAAGAGGACUAGUGGCAUUAAUCAGUGUGAUGUGUAGCAAAACACAUAUUGUCAUAUACCUGAACACUCCAGAAUAAAACUGCUCAAUAAGUCUA